AUGCUCUGGUGCCUCGAUGGAUUCGUCCUCAACGCGGGAUAUCCUAAACUCGAUUGGGUUCCGCAAACCCUGAGCCAUCUGUAUGGCUAUGCCGACGACCUUGCCAGCAAAGGGGGCAAGUUCAGACUGGCCCUUUCUCUCGACCUAUAUGCAACAGGUGCAUGGUGCUACGACAAGAAGCUUGGCGAUGACUGCGGAGGUCCGAAAGAAUAUGAGGCGAUCUUGAACAGCUUCCUCGGUCGAGAUUCUUAUUUCCGUUAUGGACGUGACAACUUCCCCUUCAUCACGAGCUUCAGUACCGGCAGACAGACUGACAAGAACUUCGUUGCCUGGAAGAAGUCCUUCGCCAACGAGAUGUACUUCGUCCCUGGCAUUGAUGAUACUACUGGAUUCUGGGAGAGCUAUCCAGCCUGGUGGGAUUAUUGGGGAGACCUGAUCGACGGCGCCAGCGUUUGGGAGUCAGCCUGGCCCAAAGUUCAUGGCAUCAAUGAAGGUGAUUUGUCCAGAGAUACCAAGGUCAUGGGACCUCUGCAGAAGAAGGGCAAAACGUUCAUGAUGCCCAUCAGCAUGCUUCAAUACAAGAAUGCGUACGGAGCGAAUUUGUAUCGCCGCGGUGAGAUGAACGUUGUUAAGAGAAUGGAGAAUAUCCUCGGCAUGGACCCUCAGCCCAAUAUCAUCCAGCUCUUGACUUGGAAUGAUGGACCAGAGAAUCAUCAUUUCGGCAACCUCUGGCCCGAACAGAACACCGAUGCCCAACCCAAUCAAUACGACAGCCCCGACGGUUCUGAUCACACCGCCCUCCAGUCACUAUACUCAGCCUUCAUCCAUGCCUGGAAAAACGGCGGUUCUAUGGUCCUGGUCUUCUCCAAGCGAGAUGAAUCCAUACCCCAAGGUGCUCUGUGGCACAAGAGCAUCUUCCAGAGCACUACUUGUCCUGGAGGAGAUUCUAGUGUCAAGUACUUCCAAGCACCAAACGGUACCGACGCUGGCCAAGAUGCUCUCCAUUGGGCUUUGGUUGUCCCUGCAAACGCAGCUGGCUUCACCACUGGCCUCAACUAUGGUACGGUGGAGGAUGGAGUUGAAGACGGCACGCAGCGACUGGUCAUCAAGAAUGGCGAUAUCGUCGUGGCUGGCACGGAUCGAGGUCGAUGCCUUGCCCAAGACUGUCACAAUGGCAUCUACAACUUCAACCCUGUUAUCAUGCCAGUCAAGGGCGAAAAGGUCUUGGGCACUACACUUGGCCCCCGAGAUGCUGACCCUAGUCAUAACCACAACUCUCCAUAUGCGUCAAUCCCUUUCGACGGCUAUAUUAGUUGUAGUCUGAGCCAAAAAGAAGACAUCAAGCCGGCCUGGCGGGAUGUUGUCACCAUCUUGGCCAAAAUACCAGCCUUUCAGCCAGGCGGUUUACUUGAGCAGAGAAACUUUGGAGCCGACAUUGCUGAGAGGUCUAGCAAUAUCUCCUUUAUCAACGGUGUAUAUGCCAACCUCAGAAAAUUGACCACGACCGCCCGCGAAGGCCGAAUCAUCCGCGCAUCCUGCCAAGACCUCACCCAGGCCGGUUUCGACAUCCAGACUCGUUGCAAUAGCAUCAAAGGUGCCGCUGGUACAAUCGGUGGCUAUGCCUUCGACGACGCAACCAGUUCUCCAGGAGGCACCAUUGUCUUCUGUGGCGGAUUCUUUGCCCCAGGACAAGAACACUUGGCAGCUGUCCAGAGAGAGCUAGACGCCCAUAGAACGAAGCAGAAGGACUCAAUUUUCAUGAAUGGCAAAUUCCGGCCGAUGAUUCAUGAGCUAGUUCAUCUUCCUUCUGUGUCUCAUAAUCUCAUUGGGUCUGGCAAAGAAGAUGAUGUGAUUAUCAAGGAUCAGUAUAUCGGUGCUGAUCAACAGACAAACGCGUAUAAGGUAUACAUGCCGGAGAUGGUUAAGAAACUGGCAAGGAUGAGGACACGGCGGUACCUGACAACGGCCAACGCUGAUACUUAUGCCUGGUACACUGUCGAAAACGACGACGAUCCCACCACGACCAGCUCUGCCCCUCCCGAGCCGCAGCCAACAGCGCAAUCGACAACCUAUGACUGCAAGGGUAGCGGAAUUUGUGGUCUGAGUACCUUCCAAGUCAAGUACUGUGACCGUGCUAUCAACUCGCUAAUCCGCAACGAUGACAAGAACUACGGCGAUGGCAAGGCUCUCAGUGGCAACUGCUGGGGCGAUGCGACAGACAAUGGAUGCGGUGUCUUUGUCACAGGUAAAGGAUGUGUUCUGAGCGGUAACGAGAUGUGGUGGAAGUAUCAGGACUUGAGGGAUGACGAUAAGGGAGGAUGUGACAGGUGUGGUAGUGUUCAUUAUGGCGAUGGAUGUCGGUUCACUGUGAACUACCAGACGAACUGUGAUAACAGGUGA